UUGAAAACAUAACCUUGUUCCGGCUGACAUCGCAUUAGUGUUGCAACAAUAUACAAGACUCGAUAUUAAAUUUCGUUCAGCGGAAUUAACUGAGAAAGCUGAUAUUUAUGUCGGUAUCAAUUUUUUUAAUUUCGCUACUUUGAUAUAUACAUAUAUUACAGUCGCUAUCAUGGCAGGUACAAAGGAAGUAACAGAGCUGCAAGCGUUUAAAACAGUUUUUUAUCACAGUGUAGUGAUACUCGCGCUACCUGUGGUCGCUUUCUUUACAAGCAAAAUUUUUCUCUUUGAUGGUAUAUUAGGUCUCAACACAGUAUCAAGUAAUGUGUAUUCAGCUGGCAUUGCGGUAAUAGUAUUACAUAUUGCCUUAGGAGUUUUUAUAUACAGAGCAUACUUUGAUGAUCGAUCAAGAACACCAGCAGUUAAGAGAGAUUAGUUUUUUAUUAUUAAGUACACCUUGGUGAUCAUACACUUAUGACAUAAUCACAGUCAACACAUUUGUCUCGGAUAAUAUUAAAAUCCGAUUGCACCAAUGUUACUUUGAUUUUAAGCAAGACUUAAAACUCUGUCUCUCUUUCGCUUUAAAACAAGACAGAGAGUUUUAAAUCUUGCUUAAAGUCAAAGUAACAUUGGUGCAACUGGGUUUAAGUGGCAUUGUAAAGUAAAACUUUUAUGUGUUGUCACAACAGUCAACGAUACUUUUUUCUUUACUUUUACUUUAGUCAGUAAUCAGUUGAAAGCCAUUUGCAAUUUGCCAAAAUUAACAAUUAAUGCUAUCUGCGUAAUGUAAUUUAUAUAAAAAUGAAUUUUUACAAAGCAACUUACAUUCCACAAUUUCAAACGUUACAUAUAUGCAUUACGUAUUCCCAGUAUAUUGUUGGAUGUCCACAAACAUUAAAAUAUUAUAAAUUUUCAUGUACAAAUAAAUAUAUGGUGAAUUAGUAUGAA